UCUUCAAUAAUUUUACUAGAUAGUCCCCACAUGUAAGAGUUAAAGUUGGAAACCUCUAACUUUAUGCGCAUAUAAUUAAUAAACAGGUUUCAGUUGUUAAAAACUCUGGAGGCAAAGAGAGAGAGAUACAAAAACAUAUAUGGAGCAGAAAACAGAAGGUAAGUCUUACACGAAGAGAGGCUUGUGGAAACCUGAGGAAGACAUGAUUUUAAAACGCUACGUUGAGACUCAUGGAGAAGGAAACUGGGCAGACAUUUCCCGUAGAUCCGGGUUGAAGAGAGGAGGAAAAAGCUGUAGGUUGAGAUGGAAGAACUAUCUAAGACCAAAUAUCAAAAGAGGAAGCAUGUCACCUCAAGAACAAGACCUCAUUAUCCGCAUGCAUAAGCUUCUUGGAAACAGAUGGUCGUUGAUCGCCGGUCGCCUUCCAGGUCGCACUGACAACGAAGUCAAGAACUACUGGAAUACCCAUUUAAACAAGAAAUCCAGUUCCAGAAAACAGAAUGCACCUGAAUCAAUCGGCGCCAGUACUUUCACCGAUAAGCCAGUUAUGUCCACAGAAGUGAGAAGAAGCCAUGGAGAAGGAGAAGGAGAAGAGAACGGUGUCGUGAGAAAUACCUGGAUGGAGGAGGAGACCAACAGCUUUGACUAUGACGUCCGCGUAGGAUCUCCACUGCCUCUCAUCUCCCACUACCCAGACAGCACUCUUGUCUUUGACCCAUGUUUUGCCUUUACCGAUUUCUUUCCUUUGCUUUAGGACUUUCCUUGCUUUAUCUCGAGGGAUAAAUUCUUGCAUAGACUUUGUGAAUCAUUAUGGCUUUUAGUUAUACAAUUUUACAUUGUGGGACGUAGUCUACGCAAGAAAUUAAUCAUAAUUUACAAGUCCUAAUUCGUUGAGGAUCCAUUCUUAUUU